CGUACGCGCACGAUUAAUUAAACGAAAAUCCAACUUUGAAUCAACAUAUCCGACCCACUGACACUGACGUCAACCUGCGAUUUUGAACGAUUUUCGACCUUGUUUUAUUGGAUAAUCUAACGGAAUAAUCAACCACAAUGAACGGAGAAGAGGUAGAAAACGUUGAGCAGCUGGACAAUAUGAAAAUCGAGGAUGAAGAGGAAAUUGUGACGAACGAAGAGGAAAAUGCGACAUACGAAGAGGAAGAUGCGCCGAACGAAGAUCAAGAAGAAGAAACGAGUGACACUGCAGCUGGCGAUGCCAAUGGCAAUGGUGAUGGUGAUGGUGCUGAGCCAGAGACAACUGAAACUGCAGCUCCCGAUACCAAUGGUGAUGGUGCUGAGCAAGAGGAAGACUCGGGGGAUCAGCCCAUCACUCUCUACAUCAAGGCUGGAGUAACUUCCAAGAUAGCAGAUUGUCCGUUGUGCCAGCGGCUGUUUAUGAUCAUUGUCUUGAAGAAAAUCAAAUAUCAAGUCUGCACAGUAAAUAAGGAAAUCUUACCAGCAGAAUACAAGAAAAUCUUAGGAAACACACCACCUCCUGUUCUAGUGGAUCCGAAUGUUCAGACAGACAACGCUCUUGGCAAGGUGAUCGAUGAUAUCAUCAAGGCAGAGCAUUACCUAGAGUCUGUAUUCCAGCCCAAGCUGGAGAAUGCCAACCCAGCCGCUAAGAAGGUCGGCUCAAACAUCUUCAGUAAAUUCUCAGCAUUGAUGAAGAACCAGGACAAAUCCAAGAAGGAAGUCCUAAUCAACAGAUUAAGGGGAGAGCUCAAAAAGCUUGAUGAUUUCUUGAAGGAUACUUCUGAAGAUGAUGAACUGUCUCCUGGACGUUGCCUGGAAGGUGAUAACUUCACGCUAGCAGACUGCGAUCUCCUGCCAAAGCUGCAUCGCGUGGAAGUCGCAUGCAAAUUUUUCAAGUUUGAAGGAGUAAUGGACGGUUUUGAUGCUGUUCAGAGGUAUCUAGAUGCCUGGAAGGAAACACCGGUCUACCACAUCAUCAAGUACGACGAAAAGGAAGUCUUCAACACCUACCGCUUUGUGGUCAUGAAAUCAUAACAUUGUCAAGUGGCUGCAACAAAAAUUGGCGAAAACAACAAACGGAAGAGAGGGGAAGAGAGAAUGAUUACAAAGAUGAAAUCCACCAAGUAGACAUGAAUGAGAUUGCUAUAGUCAUGAACCAACACUGUAAAAUAUAUGCCUUUCUACAUUAUGUUGUAGUAAUUUGCCAUUGUGAGUGGCUAUUUCAUAUAGAUUGGAGCACCAUGAGCAUGUAGUGGAUAAAAUGCUACGAUCCACAGCAAUCUAAUAUCAUUAUUGUCACUGAUUCCCCUAGGCCUUUAAAUAAAUUACCUACUGGUACGAUUAUUUAGUUUAAGGCAACUUUACAGGUAUUCAAAAUAGUAGCCUUUUUUUGUUAUUUGAUUCAGUUGAAAUGUGUAUAUUCUUAAUGUCAUGAUUAGUCAUCUUGUAAAACUAAACUAAGCCCAAAACUCAGGAUUAAACUCAUUUGGAAAUUCAGUUUCAGUGAAAAAUAGCCAUCUCCAAAUGGUUCAAAUGGACAGGUCCGCUACUGUGCUUGAUGGCAGCAUGUCAACGAAAAAUAGACUUCUUUUGACUAAAAUCAAUGGUUCUGAAAUUUGAAAAACAUGUGCAUGUAUAAUAUGAAAUAUGCAUUUAUGUUCCGUUGUAAAUUAUGUCUUGAAAUUGUGGUAUAUGACUUGAAUGUAUUUGCGUGGGAACUUUGGGAUAUGGAUUAAUAGAUUGAAUAUAACACCUACCGUUUACCAAUCGAAACAUUGAAUUGCAAUUUUGACAUGAUAAUGUACAUGAUAUAUAAUAUCAACUUAUCAAGUAUAUAUGUUUUGAUUUAGUAUAGGAUAGGGGAGAAAAAUCAAUUAGAUUAUUUGUAGGCACCAAGAUUUAAGAUACUAUUCUAACCAAACACUUAACAGAAAAUUACAACAGUUUUUGGUAUUCUGUUUUUCAUGGCAGUAUACCUUUCGAAUAGGAUAGCUUCUAAGAUGUAAACAUUUCAUUAUAUUAUUUGCUUUUAUCCUAAUCUAACUUGUAACCUUUAUAUUUCAACUUCAUCCAUCCAUCAUAUAUGAUAGUUAGCUUCAUGUAUUAUGAUAACAGUACACAUGAUAACAAUUUAAGAUAUUUGAAAACUGGAAAUGACUUAAACAAUUGCCUUUCAAACCCUUAAUAGAUUUUUAGACAUACAUGUAGAUGAAUUGAGAUAAAUAUUGUGGCCUUGUUCCAUAAUUUGACUUAAAAUUGUCACUAUGCUAUAAACCUGUAUGCAAUUCUCAGACUUCGAACACAAUACCUGCCACAAGAGCUAUAAUAUUUAGAUGCAAAACCAAAGACAGUGAUGUACUUGUACAUUUUUGUGUAUUCUGUUAUUUUGAUUGAACUAGUCAUUUAAAAUGUAAAUGAGUCGUCAUCAAAGGGAUUUUGUUUUUACCGCGAGUGCUUUUUCAUUGGGAACCACUUUCAUGUACCCGCGUUUUGAUAAUCAGAGAAAUAACAGUGCCAAAUCGAGAGGGGAAGCCAAUCUGUAAUUCUUGAAUUACUUCUGACGUGUAAACAUAUUGAAUGAAAAUAACCAGUUUCUCUCCAGAGUUUCUCUCCAGAGUUAUAAAUUUCAACUUAAAGUGGUCAUCAUUUGUCAAUGAUAUAUUUCAUUAUAUAAUGUUAUGCAGGUGUACAUCAUUCUCCAUGCAUUUUGAUAAGGCGGCUGCCUUGAUCUCUGUAUUAUGCAUAUAUUGUAUUAUUCAUUGAAAUUGAUGAAAAUCAGAUCAUUACAUUUUCUCAUGCUUUAUUUUGUGUUUGUCAUGUAUUCCAUAUUUCUUUGAUACAAGCCUAUUUGUCUAUAAAGCAUCCCUACUUAAACCAGUCAUAUACACAGAGCUUGUACUGUAUCUACAUGCACUAGCCAUCAUGAGGUGUAAUAAACAUAAACUAUAUAUAUAUAUAUGUAUAUAUAUUACAGAGUAAGAAAAACAUCUACAUUGUACAUGUAUCACAUACAUGUAAAGCUGUUUGGGAAAUGUAUACAGGGACGAUUAUAUUUGUGGAGAAAAAGGAAGGGUUUUCAAAUGAUUACUUUUUGUUAAGUUCAAAUGCUAUGGAAAAUGUAAAAAUUGUCAAAAAAUGAAGGCUGUUUGUAUUCUUUUAAUGCAUCGUAGAGAAUAAUACAUAUGAAUGCGUGUAUCAGCAUGUAGAGUUUGACUUGGAAGUUUGGGCUACACUUCAGUAUACCACGCCUAUAUUGUUGUUUGUUUGAUUAAGAUCUCUUCAGUCAAAUAACCAACCUUUAAAAUGCUGUACAAACAUUCAUUUCUGCAGUAUUUGAUGAUCAUAUUGUCAUACUGUAGACCUUUAGCAUGUACUUAUCAAUAAUACUCUGCUAUGUUUACGCAAAAUACUAUUGGCAAAUUGAUUGUGGAUUAUUAGGGAAAAUUACAUAUAUCACUUGACUCAAGUUGACUGAUUGUUUAUUUGAUGUUCAAGACAUAAAUGCUAAUUGCCUUGAAGUAUUAUUUUAAGUUGUACCAAUGGAUCAUUUUGUUUCUUACAUAUUUGAGAAAGAGCAAAGUUAAGCAAUGUUGGAUGGUUGACAACUUUUUUUGUACAAGGAAGACUUUGUAAAAAAUGGUACAAUAUGGUAAAUCAACUCAUCAAUUUGUUUUACAAGAAAUGUAGAUUGUAUUGGUAUUUCUACUGUAUUUUAAUCUAGAUAGAUGCAGGAUUGGUAUAAGACAAAAUUAAAUAUGAUUUGGGAGCACAAUUCAAGGAUAUGACUUAUGAUAUGUUUAUAAUUAAAACAUAGCACUAUCUGAUCUUUAUUUUAUCACUGUCUAUUACUCUGUAAAAAUAUAUUUCUUUGAAAAUGAUUGAUGCUAAUUUAAGCGGUUGUGGUAGAUAUUUCCUUUUUAAAUUUUCCCACCAUCACCGAAAAGUGAGAACGAAUGACUUUAUGAAGGUGAUAUUUAAUGAUUGGUAUAUCAGUUAGCUCAGAAUUCAGUCUAGGUUAUGUACAUUACAUGUAAAGCCUUUUUUUUGGUAUUUAAUCUUGUAAAUAGAUAUUGCACUUUGAUUUUAAAAGUUAACAAGAAAAUGAUGUAUAUGUAUUUGCCUAUGAUUUGGCUUUUUUGUGAUGAAAUGGUGUUAUUUUUUCUAUUCUCUUGGUCUAUACACAUUGUGGAAAUUUGAAAAUCAUGUCGAUUUUUCUGAUCCACUGAUAUUUUUUUUCCUUCAAAAUAUAUGUGGGAUUAUCUCAUUUUUGUUGUUCUAUUCAAAAUUAAUGUUAACAUUUAGUUUUUGAUGAUAUUCAUGUGUACAGAGACUAUAUGAUUUCAUUUUUAGUUAGGUAGGCCUAUUAUAUAGUAGUGCACAAUUUCUGUUUUAUUUUCCUUCCUUUUCAAAUUAUGUUAGCCUUAAGUUGCUAAAUACCUCAUGGUCCUACAGUAACUUAGUACUGUUCACAUGGUACAGCUUAGAGUUAUAAAGUGGAAUUAUUCAUUUUUGUUGUCAUAAAAUAUUAGUCUCAAAAGGCACAUCACAAUUUCACAUGUAGCCUAUGUUCUUUACAAAAUUCAUGUGAGACUUACUGUUGUUAUUUAGUUCUCAUUAAGAUACCGGUAAGUGUCCAUCUGUAUUAUUUUGUGGCAUAGACCCUUUUCUUAUGGCUUCAACAUAUGCUGCUUUGAAGAGUUGAAAUUUAGAUUCUUCUAAAAGAUAGAUCUUGACAUGCAAUUAUAUAAGAGGCAUUCAGGAAAACCUUUCCAAUAUCCAGUACUUUUAAACUGUACUAAGGUGAUAAGUACUAUAAAACCAAAUGGAAUCUGUAGAACUGUUCAAGGCGUACCUUACAUUGAGUUAAUGUCGUAUUGUUGACAAAAAAAGUACUUAAUUAUUGUGUCAUUCAAGAAAAGGAUGAUUGAUUUAACAAAAAUAUAAAGAAAUGAAUAGAUUGAGAAAUAGAUUUAUGUGUCUUACUGUACACCAGUAUGGAAAUUUUGAGGUCAUGCAUUACCUGUAAAGAUCAGCUAUCACAAUUGUUAUUUUGUCACUGAUGCAAAACUAUUACAUCACUGUCUGUAGUAUAUUUGCUUUGAUAUUAUUAUCAUCAAUUCAUUAAGUUAACACUGCUUCUGUCUGCUUCACAUUUUAGUUUCGUAAUAAAUGUAAUAUAAUAUUUUUUUUGCUUUUUUAACCAUUAAUAUGAUUAUGAUUAUGGUUUCGAUUAAUUUUUUUAAAGAUAUGUUAUUAUUUUGGUGUUGGAUCAAUGUACCGUUUCCUUGCUUUUCCUUUUUUGGCUCGUCUGAUCUACAUGUGUAAACAAAAUUAUUAUUCUCUGUAGUUCAUCUUUACUCACAGCUGUAUCUGAAUCAUUAUAAAACAAUGCCAUUAUACAAUGUAACCUAAUUUGAUAUCCAGAGUUGUGUCAUGUUUUGUGUCCAUUGGUUAUAUUUAUUUAGGUAUCUAAAAAUAGUGUUUAAAGUAUCUAGUGUUAAUUUUCACCUCACAUUCAUUUAAAGGCAUUUACUAAUCAUUUGCUUCUUUCUGUACUAAAAUAAACCUAAACAGAAGACUUUUCUAGUCAAAAUUAUGCAUCUAGUGA